AUGGGUUCUUUGUUACCUUUGGAUGGUCAGCCACCUGCCUUUCUCCAGCUGUAUGUCUACGAUACUGAGAACGAAGUAAAAAAUAGGAAGAAUGCUAUUUCCAAAAGAAAAGAAGAUAAGGAGAAAAAAGAUACCGAAGGCGAUCCUGAAAUGGAAAAAGUAGACGACUACGAGGUAGAAACCACAAACUCAUUGGACGACUCUAUUAUAAAAGGAUUGAUAAAAAUGUUAGAUAACAACAGUCUUUGCAAAACAUUCAGAAUAUGGAGAGACAGGUAUAAAGAAGACCAACCAAGUAAGGUGGAGCUGCGUCUUAUUAGCAUUGGUAAAAGGAAUGCACAACAAUACAAUUUGCCAACCACUUCUGAAAUCGCUGGGCUUAUCGUUGAUAACCCCGAGGGUGAUGGAACUAGAGAUAUAAUUGUAGAUGAGAAGAAAAGUGACUUGAAAAAUAUAUCUGAGUUGCAACCCAGUUACAUGGCUUUACAAUAUCCACUUUUGUUUCCUUAUGGUGAGGAUAGUUUUCAUACUGAUAUUCCAUAUGACAAAGACAAUACCAGUACCCUUAUUCGAGGAGGACGACUAUUCCAGCAGUUUGUAGUUGAUGCAUAUGCUACUAUUGAACAAUGUAGAUUGAAGUGGGUUAGAGGCCAUCAAGAAGAAAUACGCGCUGACGUAUUUCAAGGUAUAAAAGAAGCAGUUGCAGCAGGAGACACUGAACCAGGUACUGCAGGUAGAAUAAUUUUACCAUCUACCUUUACUGGUGGACCGAGACAAUUAGGACCACCAGACUUAUUUAUUACAUUCACAUGUAAUCCAAAAUGGUUUGAAAUCACAGAAGCUCUAAAGAAAAUUCCUGGACAACAACCAAUUGAUAGACCAGAUAUAAUUAGUCGCGUAUUUCAUAUAAAACUGAAAGCACUAAUGUCUGACCUUGAAGGAAGCAGACACUUUGGAGAAGUACAAGGAGACAAGCCAAAGACUGCAGCACAUGUUGAUUCAAUAAUUCAAGCUGAAUUCCCAGACCCAGAGAAAGAUAGAGUUGGAUAUGAUGCAGUCUGUCAAUAUAUGUUACAUGGUCCAUGUGGGGCUGUCAAACCUAAUAGACUUGCAUGCAUCACAAAAAAAUGUUCAAAGAAAUAUCCUAAAAAGUUCUGCGACAAGACAAGUGUUGAUGAAAAGGGGUCUCCGGUAUAUAGGCAUCAACAAACGAAUUGUGGAGUUGAAAAGGAAGGUAUCAAGUUAGAUAAUAGAUGGGUUGUACCACACAACCUAGACUUAUUGGUCAGAUAUGAUGCACACAUUAAUGUAGAAGUUUGCAAUUGCAGAGGUGUGUCAAUAAAAUACCUUUUCAAGUAUUUACACAAAGGAAGUGACCGAGUAACCGCCAUUCUGGAAACACCUGCAACAAAGAAAAAGACUACAAACGAUAGUGAUAUCAGUGAUCCAAAAGAAAGUACAUCAAACUUCAGUGAUACUAUUGCACCAAAUAAUAAGCCCAAACCCAAAUUUGAUGAGAUUAAGAAGUAUCUUGACUGUCGUUAUCUAUCUGCCUCAGAAGCGUUCUGGAGAACAUUGAACUUUGAAAUUCAUUAUCGUCGUCCAAGCGUAGAAAGAUUACCAUUUCAUCUCGAAGGAGAGCAGUUGAUUUAUCAUAAAGAUACUGAAGACUUGAGAGAUGUUUUGGAAAGAACCGAUCCAGAUGCAACAAAAUUCCUUCGCUGGAUGAAAGCUAAUAGAGAACACGUAAAAGCAAGGAACUUAAUGUAUGCAGACUUUCCUUCGGAAUGGACAUGGGAUACAGAGUCUAAAGAAUGGAAACCAAGAAAGAGGGGCUUCAACAAAAUAGGACGCAUCUACUAUGUCCACCCCACUGCAGGAGAGAAAUAUUAUUUGCGUAUUUUAUUGAAUGUGCAAAGAGGUUGUCAGAGCUACGACGAUAUUAAAACAGUAGACUGUGUAACUCAUCUGACAUUCAAAGCAGCAUGCUUAGCCCUAGGUUUGUUAGAAGAUGACGGGGAAUGGGACCAUGCUAUAAAGGAAGCAGCAACGAUAUAUAUUAAUGGAAAAAGAUUGCGAGAACUUUUCGUUACACUUUUGUUGAAUUGCAAAGUCAUUGAACCUAAAAAACUAUGGAGUGAAAACUGGAAACUUUUGGCAGAUGGCAUUGAACACGAACACCAAAAACUUUAUGGGAAUGAGAAUUUAACUUACGAUGAUGAUGAUUUGAAGAACUAUGCUCUUCAAGAAAUCGAGUUAAUAAUGUGGAAACGUGGUAGGACUUUGAAAGAGGAUGAAUUUUCAGAGAUUCCGUACCCAGACAUGUCAGGAAUUGAUGUUCCUAGGAACCACUUAGUUGCAGAAGAAACAAGCUAUGACAGGAUUAGUCUACUUGCCGAGGCAGAGAGUUUAAAAAAAGAGUUAAACAUAAAACAGAAAAUAGUGUUUGACAGUGUCAUAGAUUCAGUUGAGAAGAAAGAUGGUGGUCUUUUUUUCGUGUGUAUGGAAGUGGUGGAACAGGGUAAAAUUGUUUUGGCGGUUGCUUCUUCGGGUAUAUCGUCCUUACUAUUACCAGGGGGCCGUACAACUCAUUCGAGAUUCAAAAUCCCAUUGAGUCUUAAUGAACAAUCAUGCUGCAAUAUUUUUAAGAAAACAAAUGAAGCCGAUUUAUUAUGCAGGGCCGACUUAAUUAUCUGGGACGAAGCACCAAUGAUGCACCGAAAUGGACUUGAAGCUGUCCAGAGAACCCUAGCUGAUAUAAUGAUGGAAAAAAAUGGAGGAAAGGAAUUGUUUGGUAGAAAAACAUUGGUUCUUGGUGGUGAUUUCAGGCAAAUUUUACCGGUAAUUGAGAAAGGGUCGAGAGAGGAAAUAGUUAAUGCUUCUAUAAGCAGGUCAAAACUAUGGAAACAUUUUAAAGUCUUUGAAUUAACAGAUAAUGCGUCUGCUGACCGGAGAUACGUCUGCUGA